AUGGAUGUUUUAAGAAAUUAUAAUUUGCUUGGCAAUAUUUUUUCCUACCUUGAUGUAUAGGGCUUUCCCUUGAAUAGCCCGAUAACGGGCUGGCUUCAUCCCGUUAUCGGACUAUUCAAGGAAAGUCCUAUAUUUGACUUAUUAGCUUCCAUCCCUUUAGUGAACCGAACUUUCAAUUCAAUGUCGAAAUGCCACCCUAUUAUUGAAGAAAUAUUUUCAAACAUGCUUUCAGAUAUCAUAUGAACAAAUCCUGUCAUUGAUUAUCAGGCAAUCAAAAUAUUCUCUGGAUUAUUCAAUACAAUUGACGAAGAAUGCAGGCUAAUUUUUAAACUUUCUAUGUGCCGUUGCUGUGGCCGCUUUUUAGGUAUUUCUAGGUAUAAAAUUAUAUCAGAAACGAUCAGGCAAAACACUUCAUCCGGAGUUAUCGCCCAUCAGCAAUACCAAAAACUAAGACUUUCUUAUGGAUCUGAAACUUUUGACUUAUAUUUUGGAAGCAUCUCUAAUCAUUUCUGUAGGAGCAUUAAAGGGCAAAAGGUAUUGAUUUCUUGAGAUAGUCCAGAUCCCAGUGAAUGAUUUCAAAAAAUAGGAAGGUUAUGCAAAAUUUUAACAGCUAAGGCUGAUGAAGAAUCCCAGUUCAAACAGGACUAUUAUCUGACUCGCUUAAAACAAGAAAGAAAUUUAGACAGAAAUUUGAAAUGGCUUGUAAAAAGGAAAAAUCGUAUAGAAAAAGAUCAUAAUUAUAACAUGGCAUCUAGGCUUAAUUUUGUAUCCUCAGAAAAAAUGAUAAUUCGAGAGUCUUUGACUCGAGUCCAAUCUUCAGUGGAUAUUUCUUUCGUUUUCAAGUCAAUGCCGCAGGAAUCUCUAGUAAAUUUUGUAGAAACAUGUAAUGAAUUUAGCAGAAAAUACGACCAAACUUAUUAUUUUAAAAGUAGAAAAAAGGUAUGUUUAAUCAUUAUUGAGCUGAUACUGUUUUUAAUCAAAAAUAAAAUUAUAAAAAGUGCAAAAUCCAAUAACUCGCAAGUGAUGGUGGGAGAAGAAUCAGAUAAUUUAAGUGAUAUUGAUAUUUGGUUGGAUUUUCCACGCAUAUUCGUAUUAGACUUUUACGACAUGAAUUAA